AUGUCGGACGAAGUGUCCCAGUUUCUAGAACAGGUCGAGCAGCUGCGUGGCAAGCAGAUUGAGGACGACCAGCUCAGGGCCCGCGAGCACGAGGAGUUUAUGGCAGCCAAGCGAGAGCGCCAGGCCAGACGAGAAGAACGCGCAAGGUCCAUCUCGCCGCAAAAGUCUUCGCCCGCCAACACCCCGUCCCCGCGCGCCAAUGCCCGCGCCUUCAAUCUUUCAGACUCGCUCAAGCUCGACUCCCCCCUCACCCUUGACGACGCCUUCGAACACUCGGUCGAACCACCACAUGGUAUGGGAUACUCGGGCUCGCCCACCAAGGAGAACGAGGCACCAAUUGGCGCCCAAGUGAAGCAGGACGCCUCCUCCGCCUCCGCCUCAGCCGGCUUGCCCUCCAGAUCCUCGACAUUGUCCUGGCAACAGCGACAGCCCAACUCACGCGGCGGCACCGCUUCGCGUCCGCUCAGCAUGGUGGCAGCGCAGAAUGCUACGCAGCGCGGUGUCGCCCGUAUGCACGAGCCGCAGUCGCCUGUUGCCGCUCCCGAGCACCAGACACUCACGAGAGAGGAUAUUGCUAAGAGCCUAGGCCUAAAGGAUCCCUCGUGGUUUCGCCAGACGGCUGAUCGCGGUCAAGGCUCUGCUGCUCUCAGAAAGAACCAGGUCGAGGAUGGCGAUACUAUGGAUAUGUCGUCUGUCAAGGCCGAGCUGCCUGGCAUGUCAGGUCUUCAAAAGGAGUCUGUGGUGAACCCUUCCUCUGGAAGCCGCCUUGCGUCUCCGCUGCCACUGAACCCUCCAGCAUUCGACGGGCUGGCGGAUAGGCACGGUGAGGCAGACUUGCCCAGUGGCCGAAGUUCGCCUACACGCUCCGGCUCCCCUACAAAAGGCUUGGGUGGGUUUGUCCAGAGUGCCAUGAUGAGAAGAAGCGACAGCAUUAAGCGGUGGAGUGUUGCUAGUCCUCCAGGUUUGAGCCGUGUCGAUUCGGUCUCGGGUAACAUUGGCAGCGGCAGGGAAGCAGCCAGAGGUAGUCCACGAUCGCGAAGCGCAAUCAGAGAAUUAACUACGCCGGAAUCUAGCCAGUCUACAUCACGGGGCGGAAUCAAAGAAGAAAGCUCGCUACCCGAUCAUUCGAGCCAAGGAGCCCUGGACCGCGAACCGAGCGAUUUGAAGAUCCCCACCAGCCCUUCCAAAACCAUGGACUCGAGACGAUGGAGCCCGACCAAGUCGAGCUGGCUGGACAGCGCCCUGAAUCGACCUGAGUCCCCUCGACCGCAGCACAAGUCCAACCAGUCACAACCCGAUUGGAUGUCGGAGCUCGCCCGUAGCAAGGCCGCAAGCCCCAGCGGCGAAGGUAGCCGUCCGAGUUCGCCUCACAAACACCAAGUCAGCAUCGGUGGACUCAUGCGGACGACACCGUUCGACGGAGGCGCGAAAACCAACACGACCGGCCUCGGAGGCAUAUACUCACCACCACCGGGCGGGAACAGACCGCAAUUUGGCCACGCCUCUAAGUCGAGUUUUUCUACUCCCGCAACAGAGCGGCCGCCUUCAAGCCUCGAAGCCGAGGUUCCUUACACGCCUACUCAGCGAGCCAUCAAGCCAAAAUCUAUUCCAGACGCCAAUCCAGACAUGACCGAAGACGUGCACUCUGAGCCCAACCGAGAAUCCGAACCAGCGCCCAACCCGGGACCUGUGAAACGGCUAACAGUGGCCUCUCCCCCGGCCUCCAAGCCCAAGCCCACAACACCCCCUAAAAAAGACUUUCGCUCGGGCUUGAAACCUCGUCCCAUUGACACAGAUGCAAAAGCAUCUGAAGAGCCGGAGUUCAGAAAUGCCCUUGGCAAUCUACGCCGUACAAAAACCCAGAAUUACGUCGCUCCCGAUGAGUUUAAGGGGAACAUCCUUCGCGGAAAGGCUGCCCUUGCCGUAACUGGUGGCCCGCAAAAGACGGAAAGAAGGGAUGAAUUCAAGGACUCGAUUCUCAAAAAGCGCGAAGACUUCAAAAAGGCGCAAACUGAUGGGAGAGGUGUCACACGAAACCCGACAGCCGCUUCAGCACCCACGGCGUUACCAGAAGGUCUAGCCAGGAGAGCCGAGCUCGGCAAGGGCGGUUCUGUCCGUGGCAACAACCCCGUCGCUGGGCCCUCCGCCGCCGCAGCCAAGAAACCAGAGCCAUUUAAACCAGUACCAGCACCGAAGAGAGCCCCUAGCAACGCUCUCUCUGCCGCUGGAAACAAUGAAGCCGUUGACAAGCCUCGUCGCGCUUCCACCGAGCCUCAGAGAAAGGCCAGUGGAGCCGAAGCCCGUCGCGUGCCCAGCAUGAAGAAGGAAAACACGGCUCCAUCGAGCCUGCAGCAAGGGCGCCCUGGGACUGGGAAGCUGGCAGACCGUUUCAACCCCGGUCUCGCCAACAUGCUUGCGCGCGGCCCACCUCCAAUGGCAUCAAAUGGCGGCCAAAGCUCUGAAGCUGAUAAGGGGCCGGCCGCCGGUGCGGUAGCUGAACCCUCUGCUCCCGGUCCGCAAUUAACACAUAUGACAAAGGGCAGAGCUCGUGGGCCGAAGAGAAGGGCGCCCACUUCCAGUACCAACGCAAAGGCCGGUCCGGAACCUUCUAUUCACCGGUCGACCAAUGUAGAGCAGACAAUCCAGCCUGAGUUAAAGAGUGAGGAAGCUGAAGUUGCGGUGCCCGAACCUGAGGAAAAGACCGCCCAAUCUGUUCAGGAGCAAGUUGCCGCCAUGGCAGCGGCCCGCAGCAAACCACCACCGCAGCGCCCCUGGGAAGCAGCUGCAAACAAAGCGAACGCUGACGCUAGCUCGUCGCCCAAGACACCACUGCAGAAGUCUUUUGUCAACUCAAGCUCCAGUUCGGUUACUUCGCCAUCACAAAACCUUGGUACAGGAAGGGGCAGCGUUGCGGAGAAGAGGCAGUCCAGACCGCUGAGCGCCAACCGUCUUUCUACGUUUGUAGAGAAUGCUGAGCAGAACUCUGGCCAACACAGCCUCUCCCCAAAAACUGUCACUUCGCCGCAGUUCACGUCUUCGUCCAAGACUGUUUCCCCACCCAAGGCCGAAACACCAUCAAAGCCAGCGCCAUCGCCUCGGUCCGUCACGUCGCCCAAGUUUGCUUCCUCACAACCAACCUCAACAAGUACCCCUUCGUCUGCCUCUUUUUCACCUACGAAGCCUACCACUCCUCGGGAGAAGCAGACGGAAAGACAGUUUGUAUCUCCUGCUCAGGCCAUGCCCUCUCGAACGUUUGGUACCAUUGGCCCAGGCUCACCCAGGCCGACACUGCAUGGUCCUCGCCCACAGGCCGAGUCUUCACGCCCAAAGUCGCGACACGGUCGCCCUCUUUCUAGCGCGGGCUUAUCUUCUGCGGCAGCCUCUGCGCCAGGAUCGCCCAUGCCGUCGCCGACCAAGCAGCCAGGCGAGAUCACCACAAUAUUUAAAGACUUCUUCGGACCGCCACGCCCAAGGAAGGAUUUUAAGGUUGACACGGGUGAAGUACUAAUGAAGCACUCUGAGUCGGGAAGUAAGAUUCAGUCCCAGGAGGUUCAGAUGUAUCGGCUGUCAGGAGAUGGAAAGAAGACGCCCGUGUCGUCACAAAAUGAGCGGGUCCUUUUCGAUGGCGAAAUGUACAUUUGCGCUCACAGUUUCAAGAAUGCAGCUGGUUCGGGCUCUAUUGAGCUGUACUUCUGGGUUGGUGACGAUGUCCCCGACGCUAUGGCGCAAGAUGCCCAAAUCUUUGCCCAAAGAGAAGCCAAGGCCAUUGGUGGUAGACUCAUGAAGUUGUACCAGGGCAAAGAAACCAGUGAGUUCAUGCAAGCCCUAGGCGGCGUCAUUAUCGUUCGACGCGGCACCAGCAACCGCUUCGAUAGUCUGGCUCCGCACAUGCUAUGUGGUCGCAGAUAUCUUGGGCAGGUAGCCUUUGAUGAAGUGGACAUGAGCACCUCUAGCCUCUGUGCAGGAUUUCCGUUCAUCGUUUCGCACAGCGGAAAGUGCUGUCUGUGGAAAGGCAAAGGUAGUGAUGUAGACGAGCUGAGCGCUGCCCGACUGGUUGGUAUGGAGAACACCAUUUCUGGCGAGCUCUUGGAGCUGGAGGAGGGCAACGAGCCGGACUCGUUCUGGCAGCUGUUCGAAGAAGGCCAAGCCAAGUCACACUCUGCCGAUCACUGGCGCCUCAAGCCCAGCUAUAGCAAGUACGGCAGCAGGCUAUUCUGCUCAGACGCCGAUGCUCGCCGCCAGAUUACGGAGAUUACCCCCUUUAACCAGACCGACUUGUCGCCUCUGAAGAUUUACGUUCUGGACGCUUUUUUCGAAAUGUACGUCGUUGUCGGCUCCGGCGCGCAGUCGCAGUACUCGUCGUUCCGCAACGCUCUCGACUUUGCGCAAGAGUACGCGAUCCUGUCGGCGAGCAUGGAGGACCGGCCGUUUGUGCCCGUCUCGACGAUUGUGCUAGAGGGCAUCCCGCGCGACCUAAAGCGCGUGUUCCGCAAGUGGGAGGACGCGCGCAGCCCGACGGUGACCAACACGUACGCGGGGCUUAAGCGCGGUCGCAGCCUGCGGGUUGUGCCACUGUCGCAGGCGUUGCAGGCGCUGAACGAGUAA